CGCUAUCCAGCCCUCCGAGUCAAGUAAGUUCCCCCUUCCUUCUCUUUUUUCUUUCCCGGCCAUGUCUUCGUCUAGCGAUAGGAUCUCGUCCUCAGAGGACUGCUCCUCUAAGGAUUCCAACUCAUCUUCCUCGACCGGGUCUUCUUCUCCUGAAUCUACGCCCGGUCAGGUUCCCAACUCCUCCAUUCCCGACCCGCAUCCUGUAAAUCAGGUGCCCGGUGAAACUUUCGUGGGGAGGGAUGACCCGGUCGGUGACGAACCGGGCCCCUAUGACCCUGAACACGAAACCCGGGAUGCGUGGGAGGAGCGGCUUCAUGCUGCCGGUUACUUUCCGCUUCCCACCUUCUACGUCCUUGACAUCCCCUCCCGUGUAUCCAAAAUUGCCCUGAACAAAAUUCGUAGGAGGCUCCCGGACGGGUAUACCCUUCUAUACGAACCCAACUGGCCCAAUAUUGUCGAACCCCACCGGGAGGACAGGAUAGGGUUCCACACCAUUUCCCUAGAUGCGGGCAUAGUUUUUCCCCUUCGCCCCCUCCUAACCGAAGUAUGCCACGCGUUUGGGAUUUUGCCCGCCGGUCUGAAAUGGAAUGACCAUCUCCUCGACCAAGAGUAUGCUGCACCGGCCUCCUCCCCAGACUUGGAAGCUAACCUCGAGAUCCUCAUGCGCGGGGAUCCUCAAACCGGGAGGAUCUUCCAUCAAGGCAGCUGGGUUUGGAGGGUAGAGUCGGGUGGUGAGGGUACCUCCCAGGCCCAGGAAGCAGCGGGGCGCGGGGUACCCUCCCCGGGCAACACUGCAGAGGCCGAGGGCCAGAACCACCCAGAUAUGGAGUUUGAGGAAUUCGCCAUCCCUGACGAUCAACCAACCGGGGAGACCGAGGGCUCCCAAGCCAAUCCCGCCAGGACUUUCCCGGUCAAUCCAGAGACCGUGGAAAUCCUGGAUGAAGAUGAGCCCCAAGACAACCGGUCUAAGGGGAAGGAGAAGGAGAAGGCCGGUCGCCGGGUGAAGAAGGUGGCCACCACGCACCCUUCCUAUGCCAGGAAGAGGGCAAGGUCAGACCCUGAGCCGGCCUCCCAGACCAUUGAAGAGGCUUUUGUCAACCUGGGCCUGAGGCUGAAGGAGAAAGGGGAAAUCGGGCCCCAUGCAGUUGAACAGCUGGGGAUGGGAUCUCCUUCGGAGAUUGCCCGGCUAAGGAAGGAAAAAGAGGAGAUGAACCUGAUUUUGAAGAAUCAGGCAGAUGAGCUGAUCCGUCUGUCUAUAAUAUCCCAACAAGAUGAUGCGCUGGGAAAGCGUACGGGACAUUUGAUGCGCCGCGCAUACGCCUUCGUGGACUUCCGCUAUGACUCGCUCAGCCUCCCGGUUGGUUAGACAUCUCAGGAGUGGCCCCCCAAAUGCCCUUUUAUACAGCUUUCCAUCAAGAAUCUGGAAUCGGGG